CUGCGCAGUGGGAGUCAGCUGACAGCAGCCAGCGGAUGUCUCAUCUCUAUCACUCGCACUGAAGAGCCUGGUCCCCGAGCUCCGCUCACCGUCCUUCCCCCCCGCCCCGGAGAACCGGACCGUCAACCGCUAACCCGGGCCACGGCCUUCCGCCUCCCACAGGAUGAGUGUCCCCGGCGCCCCGAGAGGCCUGGCAAGCUCGGGGCAGAAGCCCAUCGCGGAGAUCCUCCACCCGCUGUCCGCCGCCGAGGAGCCGCUGUCCCCGGGGCCAGAUGUCACGGAGGACGUCAGAGGGGACAAGGAAGCCGUGUUGACCAAUGGCACGCCGGUGGAGACGUCCAGCCCCGCCUCGGCGUCCUCGCUCCUCAACCGGCUGCAGCUGGACGACGACCUGGAGGCAGACGGCCUCGACCUGUACGUCUCCACGGAAACCCGUGACCUCUUCGUCACGGUGGACGACCCGAAGAAGCACGUCUCCACCAUGGAGACCUACAUCACCUACAGAGUCUCCGCCAAGACGACACGGAUAGAAUUUGAUCUGCCAGAAUACUGCGUGCGGCGGCGCUACCAGGACUUCGAUUGGCUGAGGAUCAAGUUGGAGGACAGCCAGCCGACCCACCUCAUCCCACCGCUGCCCGAGAAGUUCGUGAUGAAGGGCGUGGUCGACCGUUUCUCGGAGGAGUUCGUGGAGACCAGGAUGAAAGCUCUGGACAAGUUCCUGAAGCGAGUCGCGGACCAUCCCGUCCUCUCCUUCAACCCGCACCUGAACGCUUUCCUGACGGCCAAGGACCUGAACAAGCGCCAGGGUCUCGCGCUGCUCACCAAAGUGGGCGAGUCGGUGAAGCACGCGGCCGGCGGCUACAAGCUGCGGGCGCGGCCGGCCGAGUUCUGCGCCAUGGGCGAGUACCUGGACACCUUCAACCAGAAACUGGGAACCAUCGACCGCAUCGCUCAGAGGAUCAUCAAAGAGCAGUCAGAGUACCUCACAGAGCUGCGUGAGUACGGCACCCUGUACUCCAGCUGGGCCGCAUCGGAGGAAGAGCUGCAGCGCCCCCUGGAGGGCGUGGCCAGCUCGGUGGCGACGUGCGCCGGUGCGCUGGAGGACCUGAGUGAGAACAUGAGCCAGGACUUUCUGCCUGUACUCCGAGAGUACGUUCUCUACAUAGAGUCGAUGAAGAACGUCCUGAGGAAGCGAGACCAGAGCCAGGCGGAGUACGAGGGACGACUAGAAGCAGCCGUGUUGCGCAGACAGGAAGACAGGACGCCUAUGCCGGUGGAGGUGGAGAAAUGCCAGGACCGACUGGAGUGUUUCAACGCUGACCUGAAGGCGGACUGGGAGCGCUGGCAGAGCAACAAGCGGCAAGACUUCAAACAGCUUCUCACCGGCAUGGCCGACCAAAACAUCAACCACUACGAAAAGUGCCAGGCAGGGUGGGAGUCGCUCAUCACUCUCCUCCAGGACAAACAGACUGAGGACAAAUCAGGCGAGACGAACUGAAACAUCGCGUGUGUCCCCCCCCCACGUUCCUCCCUCAAACGCUCUCAUGCCAAGGAAACGCAGCAAACCAGGGCAGCAGCUGUGAACUGCUGGACUUCAGCCCCCUGUUCUCGUGUGAGACAUUUGUCCGGAGGGGAAGUCGUCUCUCGCGGGGACCUGAUCUGCGAAAUAGGUGCGUUCAAGGACAGCAGGGAUCGAGGAGAAACCUGCCGUGUACACAGAAAUGUUUUUUCUUUUUGGUCAUUGUUCUUAUUGACUCUUUUCUACUUCAUAUUUCCAAUUAACAGUUAAUCGCUGAUGCUGUUUGUGUUUAUUUAACUGCGAUCUGUUAACCCCCGUUUUCACAUUGAAUAAAAUGUGAAGGAAAAAGCUCCUGAUUGAUGCAGAAAACAUUUUUUUGAAGGCGGAUGCUGGUAAUUUGAGUUGGUGUGAAGUAUCUUGAAAUAACAAUCUAUUUGGAGCAUCCCCGCGAUUUCUCUCCCUAACACAACAACACAACAGAACUCUCCUUUCUCAUCUGUACAAAGGUGUCUUAUUGACUGUAGAUAAGACGCCAGUAUUUUAUAAACCUUUCUAAUUAGUUUUUGCAUGUUUCAGCUCAUGAAAUCUUGUAUUUGCCAUUUUCAUAAAUGCACAAAGUUUGUAACUUCUUCUGCAGCCUUUGUUAUUUAGAAAUCAACUUGGACAGAUGUGAAUUAGCUGUGGCAUUAGAGGUUCGUCACUCGGCUCUUGUGUUCAACCCGAGGACUGAAGGAAAAGCAGCUGAUAUCGGUAAAAUCCAAUUAGUUCUACAGAAAGAAAUUAGUCUCAGAGGCAAAGCUGCAUAUCAAGCUUCCUGCUGUGUUUGGUGAUACAUCAGAUUUGUGUAGCUACGGUGCAGCGGCGCCAUCUGGUGGUCAAACUCGUUCCAUUCUUUUGAAACUGAGCAGUGCUGCCUCUGUUAGUUUCUCGUGAUAUUUGUAUCCACUUCUGUUCUCUUGAAGAAACAAAAAACUCAGAUUUGGAUGCUAACAGGUAGUUUUACCUUAUGGAAGAUAAACUGAAGGCGUUGAAAGAGAAGACUCUCCCGGUACACUUUAUUUGAUUCUCUCAAUCAGGUGUCUGUGCUUUAAAGAACAUUGUAAAGAGUCAAAUGUAUUUUCUUGCAGCGAUCUGCCUUUGUGACUCUCAUUUGUUCUUUGGGAACAUGUGGCAUCGUUUCCCAAAUUAAUAACAUUUGUCUCGGAGGCUGGAUAUGAGCAGAGAGUUCUGUCUGUUCUGGAGCUGGUGGAUCUUCUUAAGAAUUGUCAUGAUGCUGGUUUGAAGAUAAUAAAUCAGCGUUGAGGCAUCUUGGAAAUCAGAUUUAAAAAAAGAGUUUUACACCCAUUACUUUCACGUGUUUAGAAAUUGGUUUGAUCUGUUGGCAGAUAAUUGUAUUUUCAUAACUGUAUAAUCACCUGCCAUAAUCAAACAUGUAGUCAUUACCUUGAAUGAGUUCUUUAAAUCUGCUUCUCAGGGUCAGCCAUGUUUUCUUGACCCGACAAACAAAUCACUGAUUCUUCACGUUCUCCUUCCUGAGGUUUACAGUUGGAUGCAGUACCCACACCCCACCACCAGAUGCCACUAAAUGCUGCACAGUGAACUUUUUAAAAACUGAGGUCAUUUGUUUCCAGUGAAAUGUUUGUUUCUCCAACUUUGACAUAUUUUGCAACUUGGUUUUGUUAAAUUCCCUGGAGCUCAUCUGCUCGGCUGUGACUCAAGUGUGUGUUGUACAAUAGCUGAAGUGACAACAUGUUUUCUUUUGCGUCACACCAGUUUCCACUUCUGUUUUUGUUUAGCUCAAAUGGUGCUGAUGCGAUUUCUGCCUUGAAGAGAAAAUCUAAAUCUGAGAUACUCUGAUCCUAGUGUGUGAUCUUGACCAUAGAGGCAGUAGCUGCGGUAAACAGAACCACAUUUACAAAAGGUUUAUUUUUCUGUGGCGUAGGUUUCACCAGCUGUAGCUUGGUGAUGUUUAUUUAUCAGUCACAUGAUCACAGUUUCUGUUUGAGGAGUUUCUUUAAUGAUGAGGUUCAGAUUUGGGGCCGUGAAAAAGCAAAAAACUAUAAUUUCAUCAUUUUUUUUUAUUUCCUUAUCUUGAGGAUUUAUUGAAACAUUAAAUGUAAUUUGCUUCUUUUAAGUGGUGUCUUUUUAUCCGACCAUUAGUACUGAGCCUUCUGCUGUAAGACGGUGAUGACGGCUGAUUGACGGUUUUUAGUUGUCAGCUCUCGCUCUAAUGUCCUUUGUUCUCCUUGAGCUCUGAAACGAAUGAGCUACUCCCUCCUCUUGCUCCCAGACGUCAGCGAUGAAGAGUAUUGUUUGUAUUUGACUGUGUGCAUUGGAUGGAGUGAGCAGAGAAGCCGUGGUCCAGUGUGGAGGCAGCUGCAGCAGAGAGGACUAUGGAUGCACUGAUGCUAAAAGGCUUAACUACUGUAUUUAUAUGCCAGAACACCAAAAUACUAAGACCCUAUAUUCAGAGUCGGGGGUGGUGGAGUUCUGAUUAGAUCGGCCCAUUCACAAAUACUGUAGAAGAAGAAUUACAUUUUAAUCCUCAAUCUUGAAAAGCACAGUUUGGCUAAUUUUCUAAACUUUCCAUCCUUUUUUUUUAACGUUAAUUUUCAUAGUUUUUUGUAUCAAAUAACUAAAAAAAAACUUACUGGGAAUAUAAACAGUUGAACAAACAGUUUGAUUUAACAAAAACUCUUGAAAUUUGCUCCAUCUCCCAUCCAUUAACAUGGAGGAGGUCACUGUAACCCAGGUACAUUUCCAUAUACUGACCUGAUGAAGAACUGAGGAAAUGUCAGAAACAUGAAAACGGUUAAAUAUGAAGUGAUUUUAUAUAAAUAAAAACUUCUCUUCCUUUUCAUACCAUUUAGUUUACAUCCUGAGAUCGGUCCCUGGUGUUUGUUUACUGCGUAUUUUCAAACAGAAGCGUCAGUGCGUCUGUAGCUCCUCCUGCUCUGCGGUGUGUCAGUACCUUCACUGACCUGACUCAGUGACCCGAGCACACACAACUUCCUCCUGAGUGAAACUUAUUUUUGCUCUCACAGCAAUAUUCUGUGCAUUCAAUAUCCCUGAGUGCGCCGCUGAAGAGUGUGGACGCCACAGCUGAGUCUAUUUUUGUACAGGACGCAGAUCGCUGUUGGGUUCCAGCGUGUGUGUGUGUGUGUGUGUGUGUGUGUGUGUGUGUGUGUGUGUGUGUGUGUGUGUGUGUGUGUGUGUGUGUGUGUGUGUGUGUGUGUGUGUGUGUGUGUGUGUGUGUGUGUGUGUGUGUGUGUGUGUGUGUGUGUGUGUGUGUGUGUGUGUGUGUGUGUGUGUGUGUGUGUGUGUGUGUGUGUGUGAAGAUGAAAGCAUUUGAAAAAGGGAUUGUGGAAGAUUUGUAAUAUUUAAAUUUGGCAUAACUGAAAUAUGAGGAACGAAAGUUUUAUUUUUGGAAACGCCGGUGAUGAGUUUCCGUCUGUUCUCUCACAGCCACUGUAAAAGCCCCUUAUUCUGCUGUGUGCCUGCUGAUUUCUUUUUGCACUAUUUACUAUAUGUAGCUCCAGCCACUGGCAGAACUAUCUGCUGAGAAGAAAAACCAACAAAGAGCUAAAUUUACUUUCUGGUGUCAAAUUAUUGUGUGUUUGUGUGUAUUUUUCUCAGAGGUAGAAAAUCCAAUGUCUCGAAGCCAAAUGUCCCCGUCUCUUCCUCCUGUCUUCCUCCCGUACGAUCAUCUGCAGCUCAGAGUCAAAAAAAUCCAACCCCCGUAGGAAAAGUUAAACUUUCACAAAUCGUUUGAAUCCAGCUUCGUCUCUUCUCUCCUCUUUUUUCUGUUCUCCUAAGUGUGUACUGUUUACGUUCAGAGCUCCUAAUGUACAUUUGGAUGUGAAUAACAUCUUGUUGUAAUUACAAAUAAGCUUGUAUAUUGAUGUUGUUUUUGAAGCAAUUUAUCUUUACCUCAAAUGAUUUUUUGGAUAUAUUGGACCAAUAAUAAUAAAAACCAAGAUUUCAUUUGAUUA